GAUAUUAUCUAGCGAUUAGUGUCUACAACUGUCUAGUGAAUCUACAUCAUUAAUCAUAAAUCAAUAAUCAUUAUUCAUUACCAAUUAAUUGAUCGUGUGAAUGGGGAAUACAACCUAAACAUCCUUAACUGUCAAAAAAGUUAUCUGUCUGAUAUUGUGCUGUGUAGUUGCAUUUGUAGCAUCACUUUCUGCGACGGAAAUACACGGACUACGGUACAGAUUGUGAUUUUUUUUAUUUGAAACAAGAGAAUUGUUUAAAAAGCAUUAUAAACAAUAUCAAUUUUUUUUCAACCAAGCUAAAUAACAAUGGCUGAAAAACGUAGUGUCAUGUUUGUGUGUUUGGGUAACAUUUGUCGAUCACCAAUGGCUGAGGCAGUGUUUAACGAGGUGGCUAUGCAAAAAGGCGUAGCUGAUAAGUGGUAUGCUGAAAGUUCUGGUACCGGAGGUUGGCAUGUAGGUUGUUCGCCAGAUCAACGAACAAUGACUGUACUGAGAAACAAUGGUAUAAAGUACAAACAUUCAGCACAACAGUUUCACUUGGAUGACUUGGAGAAGUUUGAUUUUGUUUUUGGAAUGGAUAAAAGUAACGUGGACUUUAUCAAUCGAAAGAAACCCUCAGACAAUACAAGGGCAAAGAUAUUACUGUUAGGGUCAUUUGAUCCAGAAGCAGAUAUCACUGGAAAAACCGAUAUAGAAGACCCAUAUUUUGAUUCUGAUCUUCGAGGAUUUGAAAAAUGUUUUCAACAAUGUAUGAGGUCGUGUCAAGAAUUUCUAGACCAACAUCAAUAAAAUAAAAUGUUAUAACUUUUAUUAAAUGAUAACAAGUAUAUAAAUAAUAAACAAAAUGAUUUUUUUUUAAUUUUUUUAAUAAUUACUGAAUAAAAUAAUAUAUAAGACAAUAUUUAUACAAUAAUAAAAUGUAUACAUAUGAAAUAAAACUGAAUAGCUUACUUA